AUGGAGGACACAAUAAGUCGGGAAUCAGUUGAUUCGUCUUCUACCUCCGAUGAAUUUGUUGUUGUGAACGCUGACCCCAAGUUUAAAUUGACUGGUGAUAUGAACGAUAUUGAUAAAGAAAUUUGUGCUGAACCAGUUUCAACACCAGAUAUUAAAAUGGAUACCAGUAUUACUGAUAGUAAUGUGGGCCAUGCCAUGCCUAGUAGUCAAUCGGUUGAUGUUUUGCUACCAGAAGGCACUGUUGAAAAUAAGAGUUAUCAAGAUAAUAAUACACCCUUGGAGUAUGGGUCGCCUGAUUCUUUCCCAAGAAUUUCUCUUGUUGACGUAAUUUCUUAA